GGGAGGACAAGAGGCCCAGGGCCAGGAAAGGGGCACAGAGAUAGAUGCAUAGAUGUCCCAGCUUAGCAGGCGGUGAGGUCAGACUGUCUUGUCUACGAUGUCAGCCGCUGUCCAGGGCUGCCCUAGGGUCCAGGUGCCCAGAGUAGAUCAGAGGCCCUGUGGGUCCCCCAGCCUGAGCCAUGGAGAGCUGAGAGGGACUACCUGGUGCGUCCUUGGUGUCAGCAAACUCCAAGGCCCCUCAGGUACUGGUAUGUGGGUCCCAGUGGGGUAGGUGAGAGAGGCAGGGAUAGAGGCACAGAAGAAAGGCAACUCGUGGGUAGAGGGAGGGGGUGGGGCUCCCCCCAGGGAACUUCCUCUUUCUCUGUGUUCUUCCUUUCUCCCUUUCUCUUGCGGGCUCGCUCUCUCUCUCUCUCCCUGUCUCACAGCCUGUUUUUCUGUCUGUCUCCCCCACUGCCAACACUUCUUCUGUCCUGACCCUCCCACUGAUCGCUCGCCCUUCUAGGAGAAGAUGUCGGCCCAGGACAGCUGCCUCAGCUUCACCAAGUACCUCCUCUUCGUUUUCAACCUCUUCUUCUUCGUUCUAGGCAGCCUGAUUUUCUGCUUCGGCAUCUGGAUACUCAUCGACAAGACCAGCUUCGUGUCCUUUAUCUGGUCCAAAGGCCUGGCCGUCUCUGGAAUCCUCACCAUGGGCCUUGCCCUCCUGGGCUGUGUGGGGGCCCUGAAGGAGCUACGCUGCCUCCUGGGCCUGUAUUUUGGGAUACUGCUGCUCCUGUUUGCCACGCAGAUCACCCUGGGAAUCCUCAUCUCCACUCAGCGGAUCCGGCUGGAGCGGAGGGUGAAGGACAUCGUGCUGCAGACGAUCCAAAUGUACCGCACAGACCCGGAGAAGACGGAGGCGGAGGAGAGCUGGGACUACGUGCAGUUCCAGCUGCGCUGUUGCGGCUGGAAUUCUCCUCAGGACUGGUUCCAUGUCCCCAGCCUGAGAAGCAACGAAUCGGAGGUACCCCGCGUGCCCUGCUCCUGCUAUAACUCAUCGGCAACCAACGACUCUGCAGUCUUCGAUAUGAUUUCCUUACCCCAGUUCAGCCGGCUCGGACCACCGGCGCGGCCCAGGCAAAAUACAGACUUUUGCGUGGUCCCGGCAAACAGCUACAUCUACCGAGAGGGCUGCGCGCGGAACCUCCAGAAGUGGUUGCACAAUAACCUCAUCUCCAUAGUGGGCAUUUGUCUGGGCGUCGGUCUACUCGAGCUUCAUGACGCUCUCGAUAUUCCUGUGCAGAAACCUGGACAAAGUCUUCGACAGACUCGCUCGGUACCGCUAGGCCCCGCGCUUCCCAAAGCCCCACCCCGACCCCUUCAAGGACCCUGGGCACUUCCCUGACGCUUGUAAAUAUUUGUUUAAUCCCCGGUGAGCCCUCUGCCUCAUUCUCUGGGGUGCCCAGGUGUCUGCCUGCCCCACUGCUGUCAUCUCUCCCGCGGGACCUGGGUCUUCCGGCCACCAGCUUCCUUCCCCCAAAUAAACUUCAUUUCCCUGUCUCCAUCUGACAGCC